AUGUCCGCCGUCCCUUCGUCCGCCCUCCACCAGCCCACGGGCCAGGGAAUCCGGCAAUCAUCCCGCCAGACCCGCACGAACCCCUCGCGCACUUCCAAGACCAUCGGCCGGUCGUCCUUCGCCUUCGGUCGCGGCUCAACCGUCGAGAUUCCCGCCAUGCCCCCUGUUCCGCACGGGUUCUACCCUGCGCUGACACAUUUCACGGAUGCCAUCACCGCUCUGCCCAGGGAAUUCCGCCGUCACAGCUCCCUGUUGAAGGAGGUUGAUGCGAAGGCAUGGGCGCUUGAAGAGAAUCUGCUGCAGCUGCUCAAGUCCUCCUCGGAGUCGCAGCCCGUGCCGUAUCCUCCCCAUCCGGCGCCCAUUGUGGGUGGUGUGGUUCGUGAAGAUUUUCUGCCCAAUGACCUCGCGCAGCCCCCCGAAACCGCCGAGAGCAAAAACCGUCGCCUGCUCCUCGACCGUGUGCGGCAGAACCUUUCCGAUCUCAUGAUGACGGCCGACGAGAAAAACCAUGUCAUCUCCAAUGCCAACGAGGAACUGGAUCGCCAGAUCGUGCGAUUGGAUACCGUGUUCCCCUACAUCGCGGGUGAAAUCAGCGAGGAGGCUCGUCUGGGCAGUCUGGAACAUUGGGCCUACUCGAACAAGAGUGCCGCGAAGACAGCGACCAACGAGCGCCCGCGUCGCGAGGCAGUCUCUCAACGACGGGUCUUGACGCAUGCGUUCCACGAGGCCGAGGCUGCUACUCGCAGUGAGGCGCGUCGGGAAGCUGUCCUGGCGCGGAAGCAGCGUCGCGCGCAAGUUGAUAUGGAUUAUGAGGAUACACGGCCCGGCUCUCGCAAGACCGCCGGCGCAAGGGUCCGUGGUGAUGCCGACGGCGCGAAACGUCGGAAGGUGGAACGGGCAAUGGCUAUGGACUCUGGUACACCGAUGGACCGGUCUGCCAGCAGCCGCGGUGGUGUCAAUUCCAAGGACGCAGCUGAGAAGAAACGGUCUCGUGCACCUAAUCCGAAUACGGCUGCGGCGCGCAAGAAACCCAUCCCUACUUCCAAUGCUGGCUCGCCUGUUAUGGCCCCAUCGCCUCUGGUAGGAACCUUCAAUGCUCCCGGAAGAGUGGCCAGCCCAGGACCCAAUGCGACGGCACGACCGCAGGCCUCGCGCACACAGCAAAACGCCGGGCAGACCAGUAACGCACGGGCGCGGCCGAUGUCCUCGGCGUCCAAUCGUCAAUCUAACAAUAAACCCGCCGACUCCAAAUCCACGCCCCGAGAAGGAGGCGUCAAGAAUGAACUGGCUGGCACUGAUGCCCAGCGUGGCGUUUACGAUGGUGACGCUCUAGUCGCAGCAGCCAGGCGUGAAGAUCUGGACACCAAGUCCGCCCACUCCAUCGAGCCCGAAACAAAGGGCCGCUCCUCCAAGACCUCGACGCCCGUCAUAGGCACAUUUGCCGAAUCCAAUAACAACACCCAGCCACGCUCCCGACCCACUCGCAGCACGGAUCCCGCGCCAGCCAAACGCACCCAGAAGAAGACUGCCCGCGCCGUUCAGCCGGAGAUUCUGUCUGAAGAGGAAUCGCUGCAUGAGGGCGACGACGAGGACGAAGAAGGCGAGCCGCGAUACUGCUACUGCAACGAGAUCAGUUUCGGGGAGAUGGUCGCUUGUGAUAAUGACGCUUGUCCGCGCGAGUGGUUCCAUCUGUCGUGUGUGGGGUUGACCAAGCCGCCGGGGAAGAAUGUCAAAUGGUACUGCAAUGAGUGCAAGGAGAAUAUGAGACGGAGUCGCAAUGGGCGGUAG